CUGUAAUAUCAAACCACUCUACUUUUUAGAUACUCUCCUCAACUCUCUCCCAAUCACAUGUAAUCUCUCUCUCUCCCUCUCCUCUCCCAAUCACAUCUUUCCCAUCCCCACUCUCUCACAGCUCUGUGUUUUCUUCAUCUAAAGAUGUUGGAUCUGAAUAUCAACGAUACAGCUCAAACUUCAUCCUCCGACACUUCUAUCUCCUCCGUAGUCAACGGAUCUCCGGCUAUUCCCGCCGAUAAUGCUCUGAUAACGAGGCAGCUCUUUCCGGUGAGUGGACUCGAGGCCGAGAAGACGAGUCACGGAACCGAGGCGGAGUCGCAGUGGCUGAACUUAUCGGUGCCGCGAGCCGGUGCUUAUACGGGAGGUUUGGUGGAUGAGAAGGCGAUAAUGUCGGCCACGCCGCCGUUGAUGAAGGCGAAGAAGAGCCGGAGAGGACCGAGGUCUCGGAGCUCUCAGUUUCGUGGUGUUACGUUUUAUCGCAGAACUGGUCGCUGGGAAUCUCAUAUCUGGGAUUGCGGAAGACAGGUUUAUUUAGGUGGAUUCGAUACUGCUCAUGCCGCUGCUAGGGCUUAUGAUCGUGCUGCUGUCAAGUUCCGGGGGCCAGAUGCUGAUAUCAAUUUUACUGCAAGUGACUAUGAAGAUGAUCUUAAACAGACCAAGGACUUGACGAAAGAAGAAUUUGUUCACAUAAUUCGUCGUCAGAGUAGUGUAUUAUCUCGAAGUAGCUCAAAAUACAGAGGGGUAACUUUGCAUAAUAAUGUUCAAUGGGGAACUCAACUGGAUAACUUUCUGGGGAAGAAGGAUUCUAAUAAAGGUGAUGGACCUGUAGCAGAGACGAAGUUUGUGCCCAGGACUUGUCACAACAAUGUUAGCCUGGCAAACAAAAAUCUAGAUUCUGCUGAGACACACCAUAAUCUGGACCUCAACCUCUGGAUUUCUCCUCCCUCCCAUAGCCAUGAUGCAGCCUCUCACUUGUCUGGUGUAAAAGGAAGCAAGGAUGAGAGAUAUGCUCCUGCUGGUAGAAAAAGUCCCUACUACUUUUCUUCCUGGCCUGGCAAUCAUCCCGGCUUGGCACCAAACUAUGAGGUAACAUCAUAUAAGGAAAUGGAAGUCCAAGUUGUUCCAUCACGAGGAAACUCCAACAGGGUAUGGCAAGCAAACAGGCAAGUCGUCGACACCUUGCCAUUGUUUUCUACAGCAGCAUCAUCAGGAUUCCCUUGUACUUCCCGGACAUUUCAGCCUCCCUCCUAUCGCUGAACAAUCAAAUCAAGAAACUCGGUUUUGCCAACACAAUUCAUCGAGAUUACCUUAUACCACGCCAGAAAAACAGAAGCAAAUUAACUUCUUCGGGAAGGCCAUAGCGUGCUUAUAUUUCUUCAAUGAUUAGCUAACCAAGACAGCUAGAUGGUGAAACAACCAAGAUCUUUGAGAAUUGUUUCAUUGUCCAUUUUGUGUGAAUAUCACUCUUGUAAAAGAUAAGUUUGAGCAAACAUAUGCUUAUUGCUGAAGAGUGAAGAUCUCUACUUGUAACUUCUCAUUAUUCGAGAUUGUCUUCAGCCUGAAAUGCCAAGCCUUGGAUUAGCUGACCAUCUCGUACAAAAACUGUAUGAUCCUACUGCCUCGGCACCUCAUCUUUUUUUGCAGGAAUGAUGGUGUAGUUUAUGCAUUUUAAACCGUUUGUGUUACUCUUCCAAAAUAUUUAACCUUUAUUGUGUA